AUGGUUCAACAUAAAUCUGUUGGGGGCAACCCAAAGAGCCAAGAUGCAGUCCCCGGGGGCCCUAGCUGGUGCACGACCCCCAGCGGGCAUAUCAAGCGUCCGAUGAAUGCCUUCAUGGUGUGGUCUCAGAUCGAGAGGAGGAAGCUGAUGUCUCUGUGCCCCAACAUGCACAACGCUGACAUUUCUCGCAGCCUCGGCCAACGAUGGAAGUUACUGGAGGACACAGAUAAGAUCCCUUACGUCCGGGAAGCCGAGCGCUUACGGCUCAAGCACAUGGCCGACUACCCCAACUACAAAUACAGGCCACGCCGGCGCACACGGGAUCCAGCGAGCAGGACACGUGCCAGGCUGUCCCGUACAACGUCGAGGUGCCAACCUGCUUCAUCUCCGUGCCAGUCGGAAGUGAAUCUGGGAUCCAGAAUGCACUGGGGGGAGGAAAGCUCCGGAUGGGGGGGGCAAAAAGUCGGCCAAUCAGAAGAUACGCCGAAUCAGGAGUCGUCAGAACGCAGCCCAGAGGUGCCCCCCUACUCUCAACCAGUGGAGGAAGAUGAGGGACUGGAGGAAAGUCUGCCCGGGCUUUGCGCUGGGUCGCUCUACGUCCCAUCGGACAGGGACCUCCUACCCAGCAGCGGGUCUCACUUUGAGUUUCCUGAUCACUGCACUCCGGAGGUGGUGGAGAUGAUCUCCGAUAGCGGUCUUCUUGGAAGUGUCUCUGACUUGGUGUUCUCCUUCUAG